AAACAAUGCGACCCACGCUCGCCCUUCGCUCUCUCAUGUCUCAGGCGUCUAAGAAACCGCCCGCGACGCCUCGUCCGUCGGCCAGCAUCCUGCUCGUCUCGCCUGCCAACCAUGUCCUGCUCCUGCACCGCGUGCACACCUCGUCUUCCUUCCCCAGCGCCCACGUCUUCCCCGGCGGCAACCUCUCUGCCUUCCAUGAAGGACCCCUCCCCGGGCCAGGCGACCCGGCGCUCCAUCAGGACUCCGAGGCCUACAGAGCCGCAGGAAUAAGGGAGUGCUUCGAGGAGAGCGGCAUUCUGCUUGCGCGGAAGCCCGGCGACGAGGCUCUGCUGAAUGUGCCCGAAGACCAGAUAGAAAUAGCUAGGAAGGAGGUGCAUUCCGGAAUGAUAAAGUUUGAUCAUGUCUUGGCAGACUGGGGUGCCAAAGCCGACACGGCCAAUCUGCUUCCUUUCACGCGCUGGAUAACUCCCACCAAUGCUCCGAAACGAUUCACGACCCAGAUGUACCUGUACUUCAUGCCCUUGCCCUCCUCUAAAGCCGAGACAGAAUCCGUUCGCAGCCUGCCCGUGGCCUCGGAGGCCGUCAUCCCCAUCCCCAAGCCAGAUGGUGGUAUUGAGCACACGGCGGCUCGCUUCCUUCCUCCAUCUACCUGGCUAUCGCAGGCGCAGUCCGGCGAGAUCAUCCUCUUUCCACCGCAGUUUUUCCUUUUGCACCUCGUGUCGCGGUAUCUGUUGCCCUCGUCGUCUCCAACGCAGCCGCUGUCGCCCAAGGUCCUGCAACAACAGCGCGAUCAAUUGACAAGCUUGGUUGAUCAAGGACGAUGGGGGGAGAUGUGCAUCAGUCCGAGUAUGCUAGCAAAGAGAAGGAGCGAUGGAAGGGUGGUCUUGGGGCUGGAUAAACCAGGGCCGGAGCUGGAAGGAAGUGGGAAAAGGGAUGUGGAUGAUUAUGUGAUACUUGUUGAUUUCAAGAAGGAAGGACCCAGGAGGGUAGAAGUCGGAUUAAAGAAGGAUGUGCUGGAGCAAGAGAGAAAGAAUACAUCAAACUUGUAGACAUACGGGGCACGUCUAUCUACUUGAGUGAAUAGAACUGGAACUCCAUCAGACGCAAGCAAAGACGUCGAGACGUGUUGUAACACAUCCCAACGGUUCCUCGCACGUGUAGUAAGGGUGUUCAAGUCUAGACUGUGGGCUUGUUGUACCGAUGUCGGACAAAGUGGACAACCAAAAAAAAAAAAAAAAGAUAAAAUUAAAAUAAAAGAAAAAAUUUACGAGUAUCUGAGAUACUAAUGAAAGACACAUGAACCGACGCCGGCAGGACUCGAACCUGCGCUCCCGAAGGAAAUAGAUUUCUAGUCUAUCGCUAUAACCACUCAGCCACAGCGCCA